AUGAAAAAACAAACUCUCAUUAGUAGUCUUUUUAAACGAAAAUACCAAGAAAAUGAUGAUUUGGGUGCAACUCCUAGUUCAAAUAUUAUUGACGAUAAGCAAGAAAAUGAAGAUAUUGGUCCAAGUUCAAAGAAUGAUAUUGAUAUGCAAGAAAAUGAAGAUAUCGGACCAACUCCAAGUGCAAUUAUUAAUUUGGCUUCAAGUCCUUCAACACGAAACAAAAUCGAUUUGAAUCAUUUAAGACAAAAUGGGUUUGAAAAGAUGUUGGCAAACGUAACAUCUUUUUGUGAAAAAAACAACAUUAAGAUGUUAGAUAUGGCGGAAAGUUAUGGUAAUAAAAGAAACCGAAAGUAUGUCAUUACUAACCGACAUCAUUUUGAAGUUGAGGUUUUUAAUACGGUUUUGGAUAUGCAACUUCAAGAACUUGGAAGCCGAUUUAGUCAGGUCUCAACUAGUUUGAUAAAAAAUAUGUCGGGUUUAAAUCCUUGUAAUCCGUUUGCUAAAUUUGACAUAUCAAAGAUAGUGAAGUUUUCUGAAAUGUAUCCGAAUGACUUUAAUAAAGAAGAAAGAGGGGUUCUUACGGGUGAUCUUUCGACAUUUUAUCACACUUUAAAGGAAGAUGAUAAAUUUGAAAAUUUAACUGGAUUGAGUGACCUUGCUCGUGUAAUGGUGGAAACUGGAAAAAAUGAAACUUUUCCUUUGGUUUAUCGAACAUUAAAGCUAGCACUGGUUUUACCGGUUGCAACCGCAACCGUUGAAAGAUGUUUUUCUAAAAUGAAGCUUAUCAAGACGGAUUUACGCAAUCGGAUGGGUGAUGAGUAUUUUAACAACGCUCUAAUUUGUGUGGUCGAAAAAGAAAGUUUUUGUAAAGUAAAAGAAGAGGAUGUCAUGGCCUGGUUUCAAGCUUUCAAAAACCGAAGAGGAGAACUCAUUUAG